AUGGCCUUCCCGCAGUUCCCGCCGCUGACGCUCGUUCUCGCCGCCACCGCCGCCUUGCACGGUGCGCUCCUCGUCACCGCGCAGACCACUCACACGGUGAAAGUCGGCCUCCAGGGAAGCUUCUUCGAUCCCGCAACCAUAUCCGCUGGGUUAAAUGACACAAUCACAUUCAUUUUCGCGGGAUUCUUUCAUACUGUUACACAAUCGAGCUUUGCCAACCCUUGCUCGCCCCUUCCGGGGGGCUUCAGCAGUGGUCCUGCUGGGACGCAGAAUAACGACACGCAGCAUCCUAUGACAUGGGAUCUGCACAUCACAAAUGUCAGCGAACCCAUCUGGUUCUUCUGCGAGAUGACACAGCCAACAUCUCAUUGCGCGGUUUCCGGCAUGGUUGGACGGUAUAUCAGCGUUAUCAACCCCCCGAGCAUUGCUGCGUACACAAGUUUCAGAGCAGCAGCACAGCAGGUGACAGGAACGCCCCAACCUAACUUCCAAAUAGCGCUGACAGGCAUAGGCGCCUUUGCCACCCAAACACCCGCAAUCCCAUCCACGCCCGUCUCCAUCCCUCCCUCCACCCCAACCCCCUCCGACUCCUCCACCUCCUCCUCAACAACAAGCUCCUCCACCACCUCUCCCUCCGACACAUCCACCGCCGCCGCCGCCCACUCCUCCUCCUCCUCACACCUCGGCGCAAUCGUCGGAGGCGCCGUAGGCGGCGCCGCCGUCCUCAUCCUCGGCCUCAUCCUCAUCCUCUGGCUCCUGCGCGUCCAAAAAUCGCGACGCACAGGCCCACCCGGCGCACCGGACUCGCCCACCUCGGACGACGCCAACUUCUUCCGGUACAACCCCGCGCCAGUACGCCGCAGGCCCAGCGAGGCGUUCGCCGAGGCGAAGCAGCUCGAAGCCGCGCGCAGCCUCAGCGCCACGCGCCAGGCAACACCCACGCCCGCCCCCGCGUCCGCCCCGUCGAUGUCGAUGUCGAUGUCGAUGUCGCCUAAUAGACGCGGCGAGGUCGUGCAGCAGCCGCAGUUCCCCCCGGGUGUGCCGAGGACGUUGAUGGUCGAACCGCACAUGCUGGACAGGCAGACGUCGUUCGGGUCCACUGCGAUGUCCUUCACUGGUAACUCCAGCGCUGGGGCAGCGUCCGUGGAUCAUCACCAGCAGAUGCAGCAAACUGCGAACCUGAACAUCCAUGCGCUUGCGAGCGAGGUCGCUGGGAUCCUGCGGCAGCCCGCGAACACAGCACCAGUAGCUGCGCACCCGACUCAAGAGGGCACCCCGCGGAGCAUCCGCAAGCUCGCGUCGGACAGCAGCAGAUUCGGCGCGGAGAGUAUCCAUCGCACCGAGAGCCCGCUCAGCCCGCCUGCGUAUCGCACCACCGUCGUAUCCCAACAGACGCUCCCUGACACACGUCCACAUACCUGA